UGGUGUGGCGGCUUUGCUAGGAGGAGGCGAGUUUGCUGAACUUGGGAGGGUACUGAAAAGACCCAUUGCCUGCUCGGACCGCUGCAGAGCGAGGGGAGGUCUGAAACAUGCUCGCUGCAGUAGGCUCCCUUCUGGCUGCCGCGCGGUCCGUGCUCCAUCUCCGGACCCUAUUGCUGGGCGCCACCUCCUUUCUCUGUUUUGUUGUCUUCCUCAAAAUGCGGCUUCCAAAAAAUUAUCCGCCAGGGCCCUGGCGUCUGCCCUUCUUUGGCAACUUUUUCCAGUUGGACUUUGAGAUGUUUCAUCUGCAGCUUCAGCGGUUUGUGAAGAAAUAUGGGAACCUUAUGAGUCUGCAGCUUGGCGAUGUGUCUUCAGUUGUUAUCAGUGGAUUACCCUUAAUCAAAGAUGUCCUUGUCCACAUGGACACAAACUUUGUGAACCGCCCCAUCAACCCCAUUCGAGAACGUGUCUUUAAGAAGAAUGGACUGAUCAUGUCCAAUGGCCAGGUAUGGAAGGAGCAAAGAAGGUUCACCCUGAUGACACUCAGGAACUUUGGUUUAGGAAAGAAGAGCCUAGAGGAGCGCAUUCAGGAGGAGGCCCACUACCUCGCUGAGGCAAUGAAGGAGGAGAAUGGACAGCCCUUUGACCCUCACUUCAAAAUAAACAAUGCAGUUUCCAAUGUAAUUUGCUCCAUCACCUUUGGGAAGCGCUUUGAAUACCAAGAUAGUGAGUUUCAGGAGCUGCUGAAGCUACUGGAUGAAGCCACAUUUCUGGAGGCUUCAAUGCUAUGUGAGCUCUACAAUAUCUUCCCACGGAUAAUGAGAUUCCUUCCUGGACCCCACCAAACUCUCUUCAAAAACUGGGAAAAACUGAAAUCGUUUGUUGCUCAUGUGAUUGAAAAACAUAAGAGAGACUGGAAUCCUGAGGAAACAAGAGACUUUAUUGAUGCUUACCUCAAGGAAAUGGCAAAGUACAAGGGCAAUGCUGCUUCAAGUUUUGAUGAAGAAAAUCUCAUCUGCACCACCCUGGACCUCUUCUUUGCUGGAACUGAGACAACUUCUACAACACUGCGUUGGGGUCUGCUUUACCUGGCCAUCUACCCCCAAAUCCAAGAAAAAGUGCAUGCUGAGAUUGACAGAGUGCUUGGCCAGUGGCAGCAGCCAAGCAUGGCCGUCCGAGAGUCCAUGCCCUACACCAACGCCUUCAUCCAUGAGGUGCAGAGGAUGGGCAACAUCAUCCCUGUGAAUGUUCCCAGGGAAGUGACAGUUGAUACCACCUUGGCUGGAUACCACCUGCCCAAGGGAACCAUGAUCCUGACCAAUUUGACCGCACUGCACAGGGACCCCACAGAGUGGGCCACCCCUGACACCUUCAAUCCGGAACAUUUUUUGGAGAAUGGACAGUUUAAGAAAAGAGAAGCCUUUCUGCCUUUCUCACUAGGAAAGCGGGCCUGCCUUGGAGAACAGUUGGCCAAGACCGAGUUGUUUAUUUUCUUCACUUCCCUUCUACAAAAAUUUACCUUCAGGCCCCCAAACAAUGAGAAGCUGACCCUGAAUUUCAGAUCAGGCCUCACCAUUUCCCCUGUCAGCCACCGCCUCUGUGCUGUUCCUCGGGUGUGAUGUUGAGGGAAAAUAACAGAAAAAAGAAAUCAGGAAGAAAUAGCAGGUGCCCUGAAAUCACUAGUGCCUGCUAAGAUGGGAGGGGACAGAAUGAAAUUUACUCCGAGGAAAGAUCAGAGGAAUUAGACAGAGGACCUGGAUUCAAAUUCUGGCUCUGCCAUGGCCUUCAAAUUAGCAAUCCUUGGGCAAAUAAUUCAUGGGUUAAAUGACUUACCUUUUCAUCUGAGAGAUGAAAAAAGCAUAAUGAUUUCCUCCCUAAAAAAAUUUCUUGUAAGAAUCAAAAAAAUGGUGACUUGUAAGUGGUGUGUAAACCAUAAAGCGUAUCCUAAAAGUUA